AUGACCAACCACGAACAUACAACAUCAGUCACGUUCCAGCUGGUACUAGUAUCAGACUAUACCACCACAUAUUCAAUAUACAUAUACAACAACACCUCAUCUCUUAGUUCCCUCACACUCAAUUCAGUCGUAGGCUACACAGCUGCUGACUUCAUCAACUUUCAAAAUGUCCAUUACGCCAAUCCCUCUACACUGGACACUACCCUGGGUAACACUGGUACAGCGGUAGGACAAUGGUUGUACGACGUAAGCCCGUCCACAAUCACUGGCUCUCAGUCCGAAGAAUCCUGCCUUGAAUGGGUUAGGGGACAAGAAUUACUGAGCAGCGAUUGGUUAAGGGAUGUCCCUCUCUCUUGUCCUUGCUCUUUAUCUCAAGCCACCAGUGACUGGAGAUUUAACUUUAAUAAUUCUUCACGGAACAAUUGCGCCAUAGCAGUAGUAACAAGAUCACAGCAUGGUCUUGAGUGCUGCUAUGAUGCUUUAGGAUCUUUAGUGGUUGACACUGAAGCUUCUGGUAGUUAUCAUUAUUAUCAUUCACUGUUUCAUCCUGAGCAACAUUUGCUCAGUGAUAGUAGACCGUUUGAAGAUUGCUGCGUUGAGAGUAAUAAUUGUGUGUUGUAUUAUAAGUACAGACCAUCCUCUAAUUGUGAGGGAUAUCAGCCACCUACCCCAGGGUUCAUAUGGGGUGACCCUCACUUUGAGACGUUUGAUGGAAGUACAUUCACAUUCAAUGGAGUCGGCGAAUAUCAAUUGAUACAAUCAUCAGUACAUGAACUUAAUGUACAAAUAAGACUGCAGGCAUAUACAGACCGUAAUGCGACUGUACUAACAGCUGUUGCUAUUAAGAGUGCUAGCUCCCAGCUGGUCCAGUUUGAACUAAACUCACUUGGUUCUUUUGUGCUUUACAUUGGAAACUCAGAGCACAGGGACAUCCCACGUGAUGGGGAGUACCUCGUUGUCACGGAAACAGGAACAUACGAUAACGCCCACCUCUCAUCAGCCAACCCCGCCCACAUUAAUAAUGUCUACAUACUAAACAGUGGUGACUCUAUGAUUGUUAGUACCGGGUCUGGAGCUGUUUUAAAUAUUGGGAAGCAAGAGGGAUUUUUGUACAUGGGAGUCGAGCUGGGUCCUGAAUUUUCUGGUACCACAGGGGGUCUGUUGGGGUCCAAUGACGGUGUUAAUAAUAAUGAUUAUCUGCUACGCAAUGAAAGUGUCCUGAGUUAUGACCUGACUGAAGAACAGGUGUACUAUAACUUUGGAUUAGAAUGGCAAGUAUCAGAGACCCAGUCGAUAUUCCACUAUCAUUCACAAUACACUUAUGAACUAUACAAUAUACUCACCACUCCUACUUUUGGUCUUGUAUUACUAGAGAACAACCCCACCCUUAACACCACUGCUGUGACAACCUGUGGUACUGAUUAUGGCUGUCUGUACGAUAUCAGUUUAACCAUGGAUACUAAUCUUGGGCGUACCACUCGUAUCAUAAGACAAAAUAAUCAGAAAAUAAGAGAAAAUUUAGUUAAUUUUCCUCCAGUCAUUACUGGUGAUAGAACUAUUACAGUGACAGUAGGAGACACACCCACUACAGUACAAUAUAUUGGAGAGGAUCCUAACACCAAUAAUGAAACUAUCAUUAGAAUCAAAGUAAGGAAGAGAGAGAGAGAGGGAUGUGUAUAG